CUGCAUUCUUGGGCAUCCCGUUUCAUUAUUCAGGUUCUUCUCUUUGAUAGCUUGAGGAGACUGACUUCCAUAAUGAAAGAUGACAGAGAACGCUGCACAGUUAUUUGCCAGGUUGGAAGGCAGGAGGUGUCUCAAGGACAUAGAACCGCGCAUCUUUCCAGAGGAUGGGGGACCAAACUAUGGUGACGUCGUGGAGCUCCAUGGGACAGAGGGGACAGGGAAGACAGAGCUGCUGUACCACCUACUGGUCCGUUGCCUGCUCCCUGAGGACGCGGGCGGGCUGGGCGUAGAGGUGGUCUUCCUGGACACUGACCACCAUUUUGACAUGCUGCGUCUUGUCACCGUGCUGGAGCACCGCCUGGCUCAGACGAUUGGGGCCGGGAGCACUGAGGAAGGUUGUGAGAGCUCUGGAGGUCAGGGUCAGGCUACUGCCACCUCUGAUCCUGAGACAAGGGUGCGAGCGUGCCUGAGUCGUCUGUCUGUGGUGCACUGCUCCAGCUCUGCCCAGCUCCUCCUCACACUCCACUUCCUGGAGACGUCCAUGUGCAGCCGCCCCAAGCUAUCACUGCUCAUCAUUGACAGCAUAUCCGCCUUUUAUUGGAUGGACCGCAGUGGGGGUGGGGACAGCGUGGCCAAACAGGAAGUGACACUUAGGAAGUGCUCGGAGCUCCUGGCCAGGCUGUUGAGGGACUACCGCAUCAGUGUGUUUGCAUCCACACACGCCAUCAUGAGGAAUUAUGGGAAUUGGAGUUCUGACAGGCUUGGCGAGUCCUCCGACGCGGCAUCUUCUUUGCCUUCCUGGAGGAAGUGGAGCUCAGCACAAGCGUCUGAUUACGAUAGGCAGUACCUGUGCAAGCCGUGGCAGAGGCUGGUCACACACAGGCUGCUAUUGGCCAGAGCAGAGACUGGGCUGGGCACUAGGGAACAACGACAUGUGUUCUCAGCCACAAGCACCUCCUCCUGCUCCACCUCAUACUCCUCCUCUAACAGACCAAGAGGUGUCAGGAAUUUCUCCUUUGUGAUAACGGAUGGAGGCCUGAGUUUCAUGUAGUCGAGAGAGGAGCUUUAACUGUUAAAUAGAAAACACAUGUUUACUCUUGUAUCAUCUUAGAUGUUGAUUUAUGUUGGACAUUUGAAUCUUGUAACCCCUGUACAUCAUUAAAAAAAAUGUUUAGCUUUUUUUUUUUUGCUGCUGCUGCUGCUGCUGCUGCUGUUUUUUCUGUUGUGCAAAUAUUAUUAGAUAUGUUUUACAAAAAAAAAGUUUCAACUUUUUACUAACAUUACAUUACUAACAACUAAGUUUUAGUGUCCUCACCCUUAGCCCUCACUCCACAUCUCAGCACCCCCCAACCCCCCAUUCUGUGACUCCUGACACACUAGCCAGCCCCCUCCCUGCAGUGACAAGACCCGAAGACAUAAACUACAAAUUACACAGUAAUUACCAUG